AUGGCGGCCAUCAAAAACAACUGUCGCAAGGUCAUCUGCAUUGGCCGGAACUAUGCCGACCACAUCACCGAACUCUCAUCCGCCCGCCCCUCCCAACCCUUCUUCUUCCUCAAACCGCCCUCCUCAAUCCUUCUUCCCGACAAAGGACCCAUCAUCCGCCCCCGCGGGACGACCGUCCACCACGAAGUCGAGCUGGGCCUCGUGAUCGGCGAAACCCUCCCCGGCAAACCUCUCAAGAAUCUUUCGGAAUCCGAUCCCAAGAUCUUAGACUACAUCCGAUGCUACUUUCUGGGCAUUGAUCUGACGGCGCGCAAUGUCCAAGACGAAGCUAAGCGCAAGGGACUUCCCUGGACGAUUGCGAAAGGGUUCGACACUUUCCUGCCCAUCAGCCAUGAAAUCCCAUUCGAUCGGCUGCCCGACCCGCAUAACGUGCUGUUGUGGUUGAGCGUCAAUGGCAAGAUGAGACAGCGCGACAAUACGAAUCUGAUGUUGUUCCAGAUCCCCCGGAUUUUGAGUGAUAUUUCAAAAGUCAUGACGUUGGAGGAAGGAGAUGUCAUUUUGACGGGAACGCCGAAGGGAGUGGGACCCCUGAAGGGUGGUGAUGUUGUUAAGUGUGGGUUGGAGGCGGAUGGGUUGGAAGUUGUUGAGGCGGAUAUUGAGGUCGAGGUCGUGGAUGAUACGAGUGAGGGCGGGUAUGUGUUUAAGGAGACUUGA